CUCUUUGAUCCAAGCAGCUAUCCCGACCUCAGUUCUAUGGCUCCUAUCCUCUCCCCCUUCGAGAACCACGGACAAAGCCAAAGGCGGGGCGCGCACCACCUCCCGCGCGUGCUCGUCGACUCGAGAUGGCCUCCUCUCCCAAACUCGGCUGAACGCUACGACGCGACCCCGGCUGAACGCUUCGACACAACCUCGGCUGAACGCGUCGACGACCUGCGCUCGCGGUCCCCCGCCUCCGUCGAAUUACACCCAGCAAGCUACGCGUACUAUUCUCCGGACUCGCGCGCCGAGGGGAUGCCGCUGCCGCCCUUCCUCGACAGCCUCGGGCAGCCUCUGCAACUGACGCCCAUCGGCAUCGCUCUCAUCGCGCUUGUCAGCUCGCUCACUAUCGUCGUCGUCGCUGGACUGUGCUGGACUCAGUCUCCCAGGCUUCGCGAUCUUGCGCACGAUGCUCGCAUCUCGAUUCAGCUGGCAGCAAGGCGACUCGUCAAGACCAGCAACUCGACGAUCUCGAGCUCUUCCUCCCCGCCAAAGUCGAUCUUGAAAUCAUCUGCGCCGCUGGCUUCCGUCACACUCAUACCAUCUGCCGCUGAGCCUUCCUUCUUCUCUGUGGAGAAGCCGACGCCGACGCCCGCUUUCACGCGAGGGACUACGAUACGCUGGGCAGACCUAGAAAAGGACAUCUCCGCCGAACGCAUCAUCAACGAAGUCGGUCCUGAAGAUGAAGUCUACGUUAUCCGCGCGUCAGAGUCGGAUCACAGCAUGUUCUACGGCUCCGACUCGAACCUGCACAGUCUGCUCAACCAAGCCGGCCUCCAAAGCGUCAAGCGUCGGGCUUGGGCGGACGCUGAAGACACGCCUUCACGCUCAUACUUCGCCGAUUCUCGCGUCAUCGUCUCCCCAUCCACCUCGAACGAAUCCUCUGUCUCCGGCACGUUCUCCAAUGCGAGCGGCUCGUCCUCGUUCACCUCCAUCGAUAGCGCGUCGACCUCAAGCUCGGAUACGGACAGCAUCGCCAGCGCCGACAUAUACGAAGUUCGUCGGGCACAGACGCGGAGCAUGGAGGUCAAGCGUGGGGUACUCGUGAACUGGCGCCUGUCCUCUGGCCCCGACCUCUCCGUCUUCGCCGCGGGCAAGGACAUGCCGAAGCAGGACCUGUUCGCGCCAGCGCUGAUCGUGACGGGACCCAGCUCGGAGACAUUGAGCACCGUGACUACGAGCUCCUCUCUCGACCUGACCGAUUUCCCUAUCCCGCCUCCGAUGAUUUCGUCCGCGCUGGACGGGCUGAUGGAGACCAUAUACAGCAGCGAGGAGAGCGAUGGAGCGGAGGACGCGGCUGGAAGCGAUCGUGACUCGCUGUCGAUGGGGAAGGCGGACUUUCUGAAAAGGUCGACUGUGGAUCAGUUCAUCAUGCUAUAUGGCGAGGUGUAAGGCGGACACGGUGGGCCAGCAGACUUAGAUUCGCGUCCAGCUACUACAUACAUUUACAUUCUAACGUACCCUUGCACACGCUUCUCUACCAUGGCAUACUAUAUGUUCC